AUGGAUCGUUCAUCCAACCAUUCUUCUCUUGAAACAUCUUCAUCCAAUGAAGCAUGUUCAUCCACCACUGUGGAGAACGGAGUAAGUUCAUCCACGACUGCUGAGAAUGAAGUAAGUUCAUCUAUUACUGCGGAAUCAAAGGAAAAAGCUGAAGACCCCGUUGAGAAAUUGCUUAAACAAUUAUACACCUCCUUCUCAAUCUCAAACGAAGACAAUUAUUUUGUGAGAACAAAGAAAGUGAGAUUGAAACUCACCUCAGAACAAAAGAAGGUCUUUGAAAGAUUUUUCUUCAAUUCUAACCAUGCGUAUAAUGAAGCGUGUCUCCUCCAUUUCAUGUUAGAGCAAAAUAAGGGAAAAACACUCCUUACCACCACAGACGAUUAUUAA